GACAUAGGCGACUCUGUCUUCAACGGAGUUUCUUCGCCGUUGCUGUUCAUUGAGAAGACAAAGGCGACUGAACUUAAAAAGCGUUUGGAGGAGGACGGGUAGAGAGGAUAUCAGUGGGGCAAAGAACUGUGAUCUGAGCAGAUCCGUGCAGGUCUGGGCACCUCUCCUCAGCCAUCGUUCAAGGCUUAAGCAGAUUUUCGAACAACCGUGGAAACCAUACCAGUGGAAGAGAACUGAAGGGUGAAGGAGCAGAUCUGAGCAGAUCUGCGCAGAUCUGAGCAGAUCUGCGCAGAUCCGAGCAGAUCCGAGCAGAUCUGAGCUAUCUCAAUCGGAUCUGCUUGUGUAUUCUCUGCUUGUGUAUCAGCAGCUCAAAGGAGUGAAGGGGUUACUUAAUACCCAGUUUCCCCUGUUUAAGGAACUGAAUCAGCUGCCUGAGCAUCCUAUGAAUGAACCAUUCUCGGCUGAGCAGGAUGUGGCUGAGGAGGGUCUCCCAAAGGUUCCUGCUGGAGAUGAAGGGAGACGCUCCUAUUCUUCCGUGGUGGGGAGAGCUCUGCCGGAUGUGGAUAGUUUGCCAGACCCCAUUCAUGCGGGCACUGAUACAAAGAUAAUUGUUCCUCAAGAUGCCUAUGAGGAACGCCUCCAGGGCUUCCGAUUUGCUUUGAUUGGCAGAGCAAAUUUCAAAUUCAUAUCUAUGGAUGACAUCCGCAAGGAGGCGAGAGAAACCUGGAACCUCAAAGGCGGUGUGAAGAUGGCUCCGAUGGGGAAGGGUUACAUCCUCUUCAAAUUUGAAAAGGAAGGUGACAUGGCAGCACUGUGGCGAAGGAGUCUUACGAGAGUCGCUGGUCACGUUCUCCGUUUCCAGCGAUGGAAGCCUGACUUUGAUGUGCAUGCGAAGAAUAAUACUAAGCUCGUAUGGAUCAGAUUCCCCGACUUGCCUCUUGAAUAUUGGCAUGAGAAGAUUCUACUCACUAUGGCUAAGGCUGCUGGGAGACCUGUUGCACUAGAUAGAUGUACUCGAGCGGCUUCCAUGGGAUCUUUUGCUCGGGUCCAAGUGGAGAUCGAAGUGGGAGCAAGCAGGCCUGAGGAGAUUCAAGUGGAGAGACGACAACCAGGAACGGGGGAAAUUUUCUGGUUCAAACAGAUUAUUUCCUAUGAAGAUGGCAUGCUUAGGUGCGGGUAUUGUAAGAGAAUGGGUCAUAAUGUGCAAUCUUGCCGCCAUCGGAAAGCACCAAAUAGAGAGGUGCAGCACCGUGAAGGACACAUAGAUGGUGAGACGUUUGGUGAAGAAGAAGGUGGAAGACAGGAUGAAGGCCCCAGGCAGGGCGGCGACGCGGCGGAGAUGGUGAGUAAUGCUGGAAGAUCCUCCGCUCAGCCAAUGCACGGAUCUCUUCCCUUCUCAAGAGCUGCUAUUUUAAGACAGUCUACGCCUAAUAGCAUAUAUGGGAAUCUUGAAAUCAUCCUUCCCUUGGAAGACAAUUCUGAGAAGGAAGGGAAUCUGCCAAGUGGCAAUGGGAUCAUUCCAAAUCAACUUUCUGAAGGAAGUUCUAAGGAGUACUCGGUGGAAGAUAACAGCUCUGAGGCCAGCUCACCCCAUGGGCAGUGCAAUCCUCCAUCUAGCAAGGUUGACCAGCAACUUAUUGACCGUCCUAUGGUGGACAACCCAUUGGGCGGAACUGAAUAUGGAUCCGACCCAGCAGACUCUGCAAGCUCCUUGUUCGAACAUGACUCUCAUCCUUUCAGGGAAGAGAGAAACCAGAAAGGCGCUGAGAUUGAAGCUCCUAACACAGGUAGGGCCCCUGUGCCUCGUACUCUCAGGCCUCGUAAGAACAGAGCAGUGAACAUUGGCAGACGGGGAGGCUGCCGGAAGACUCACGCUGGCAGAGGAGGGCGCGAUCAUGAAUGGGAGGGCCCUGAGCAUGUUGUUUCAGACUUGUCUCCAUCACAUAUUGUGGGAGGAAGGGUGAUAGUCCAACACCAAGAAGUGACAGCAAUUGACAGUUUUCUUCGAGAUGUGGAAGAUAACUCUAAUAGACCAGCGCAUGAAGGUGGAAUGCUGGGGCAGACUUCAAUGUCUGGUCAUCUGGAUGCCACAAAUAAGUGAUUUGAUGAAGGUCCUUUUCUGGAAUAUUAGGGGCAUCAAGAAGGCGGUCGGAAGACGGGCCUUGAGAGAGUUGAUUAUUCAGAAGGAUCCAGACCUUCUGUGUAUCGCAGAACCGAUGAUAGGUACCUGUGACUUUCCCAAUUUGUUUUUUAAUAAACUAGGCUUUUACGGUGA